AUGAAUAACUGUUAUAGUUUUUCCUGUUACUGCUGCUUUAUUGUUAUCUUUUGCGCCCUGUGUUUGUCGUACGAGGUUAAAGAGGAUGGGACACUAAUCUAUCCGCAUCUGGAAGAUAAACAAAUGUUAUGUGGACGAGAUAGCUGGAAAACUAUUUCUGUUUGUGAUCCUGAUAAAAUACUUGGCUUGAAAGAUGUUGAAGCUAGCCAACUGGAUGAAAUCAUAAAGAAAAUAAAGCAUGAGACAAAAUGUCCUUGUAGCAAUUACAUAUGCACAAAAGACCCUGGUGGUUACAAAGUUGGUGUUGCCAUUGUUAAGAAAUUAUCAGAUGAUGAUUUGGCCAGCAGUUUGGACGAUGAAGAUCAUUAUGAACAGAAUUCUAACAGGCGCAAGAAAAAUGAGAAGAAGCUUGAGGAGGCAGGAAAGUUUGCUCACAUGGUACGAAAUCUUUGGAAGCUUGGCAGAUGUGAUGAGGACAUCAUCAUCGUCUACUCACACGAUGAUAAAGUGAUUUACACUGUGACUGGUGAUAUGGCCAGUAAAGUCUUGACUAACAAACUCAUCACUGAGAUAACUGGCAAAGUGGUACCUUAUGGCUUCAAUAAAGGAGCUUUCCAUGGCCUCAAUAGUAUAUUACAUGAUUACAGACAACUUCUUCAAAUACAGUUGUAA